GCUUCACGACCAACAUUUAUGUUACGCACCUGGAUUGAAUUCAUCUUUCUUCAUAUGAAAAUACUCACUUUGGGUAAUGUGCACUGCAGGAACAAAUAUAAUCUCUCGACCUCAUUUUGGUACUUAAAGCACAUGGUAUAUCUCAUUGCCAUAGUACGUCCACCAAAUUUGCCUCUCACCCACACUCAUUCUCUAUCAAUAUGACCAUAGUCUUAAACGAUCCCACUUUGUGGCCGAUCAUAAACGGAUAUCGUUAUUCCAGCUAUAUUGUAGUUGCCACUUUUGUUGGAGUGACGUAUGAUUGGGCACUUUCGUUCGGACAGGAGGUCGAACUGAUCUGGGGUCAACGCUGGUCCCUAAUGACAGUUCUGUAUCUUGGUGUGCGCUACCUUGGAAUCUUAUGUACUGCUGUAGCUAUGUUGAGCAUUAUUUCAUACAUCGUACAGCUUUGUGUCGGUGGUUUAAUAUUUCCAAUACUGGGGGUCGUCAUGAUCACUCGUGUCAUCUUCCUGGCUGACAACAUUUUUAACGGAGUGGCUGUUGUAAUGAUAACUCUAUAUCUUUCAGGAGAGGAACUUAUUCUUUCUGGCACUCAUCAGUGCUCGAUUGACUUUGGAAAAGGUGGCUUGCCUUUGGAUCUUAUUAUUUGGAUACUUGGAACAGCGUGGGAGGUCCUCACACUAUGUCUCGCAAUCUGGAUUGCUGUAAAGCACUUCAGGGAAUUGCGACAAUAUUCGACAGGAAGUAUCACCAGGGACUGUUUCACGGUAUUGGUGAAAGCUCACGUGGUCUACUUUGUGAGCUUUGUUGCUACGUCUUGCUUCCAGCUCGUAUUUGAUUUCUCUGUAGUACUCUCAGCGGACCAAAAUCCCCUGAAAGUCCAGAAUUAUUCUGGAUUUCUUCAAAUUUUCUUAGUCGGGCAGAUGUGUGUGCUGGGACCGCGCCUGAUCCUUAGCGUUCGAAAAUAUCACACUGAGCUCGUUGCCAACUCUGAUGCAGCAACCGGCAUGACCUCAAUCGCUUUCCAAGAGCGUGUGCAUAUAUCGACUGGCAAUAGUGUGUGA